AUGGUAUUAACAGCUGUGCUGUCUAUGGCUCGCUAUAUUGGCGACAUAGAUGAUUGGGAUUUUGUCGAUCGCUUGCAUAGCUAUUUCACUACUAACAUUCUUAUCGCAUUUUCUGUCCUCGUUAGCUUUAAACAGUUUGGUGGAAAACCGGUGGAAUGUUUGGUACCUGAUAUUUUUAGUGGAUCGUGGGAACAGUAUGCAGAGAAUUAUUGUUGGGCUCAAGAUACGUACUAUAUACCGAUACGUGAAGUGGUUGCCGGUAUACCAACCACGGAUAAAAAACAACGACGUAUAUCUUACUACCAAUGGGUACCAUUCUUUUUGUUAGUUGAAGCAGCCUGUUUUCGAUUGCCUAGUCUUGUGUGGAAAUAUAUGGCUGGACAUUCUGGUAUUAAAUUGCAUGAAAUUGUUAAGUUGUCAUCGGAUCCGAACAACAUCAAACCAGAAAUUAAAAAAACCAAUAUUAAAUCACUUACUCUGCACUUACAUGGAGCUUUAAGGUUUCAUCGAAGAUUGCGAAAGAAACAGAUUCGUCCUCAUCGUUAUUUAAGAUUCUUCAAUAUACCUUAUACAUCUUCAUUUGUCACUUAUACAUAUGUAUUUACUAAACUCCUUUAUCUGGUCAAUGCGUAUAUUCAGUUAUUAAUCAUGAACAGAUUUCUUGAAACAGACCGUUACAACUGGUAUGGAUUGGGGGCAGUACUUGAUCUUCUUAAUGGCACAACAUGGGAGCAGUCAGGGAUGUUUCCACGAGUGUCAUUAUGUGAUUUUGACGUUCGCGUGAUGGGAAAUAUUCAAGAGCACACCAUACAAUGUGUCCUCGUUAUCAAUAUUUUCAAUGAGAAAAUUUUUAUAUUUUUAUGGUUUUGGUACUUGGCUUUAAUAAUUUUUACAACUGGCAGUCUAAUAUUCUGGAUUGCUGUAUGUCUAGUGCCCUAUCCUAAUCGGGAUUUUGUUAUUCGUCAUCUAGAAAUGAGUGAAUUACCUUUCGAUGCUCAAGAAAAUUAUGAGGAUGUGGAACGAUUCAUAAAUAUCUAUCUAAAAAGUGAUGGUAUGUUUGUAAUCCGGAUGAUAACACUUCAUUCUGGUGUUAUUUUUGGUAAUGAAUUGAUAUUUGCGUUAUGGAAAUCAUAUUUUGGUAUUGAACCGCUUAUGCGGCGCAGCAGCUCUUUCCCAGCUAGCGCUACAAUAUGGUCACCACCUUCAGAAAAACAGCUUGGCGAUUUUGAUCUGAGUGUGUUCGAUAAUGAUUCUAACUUUAAAUUUCUCCAAAAAAAAAUUAAUGAAAAUAAGAAUAGUCGAAAUACGAUGGAGACAAUGUUAGAUGCCACGAAAAAUGAAGAAAAUCCACUGUUACCGACAGAAGAGUCAACUAUUCCCACACAGACCUUCAGAAGCAAUUGUCCGAAAAGACUAGUAAACAAUGAAAGUCAUUUAAUUCAACGUACUGCUGUUUCAUCUCACCCAUCUUCUGCUUUCAACAAUCCUGCGGAAAGACUGUAA